AUGGCGGAUUCCAGUGGUCUGUUGCGGCCGGUUGGAUGGAGACAUUAUUUGCGGAUUCCCCGGAAAUCCUCGUCCGCAACCGCCUCGAACGCCCCCCACGUCACCGCGAUCCGACCGGUCAAAGGACUCGAACCGCAUCUUUAUGAAUGUCUGGCCUCGACAUUUCGACAGGAUUAUCCCGCCGACAAGUUGACCGUUUCGUUUUGCGUCUCCUCUCGCAGUGACCCGGCCUAUCCCAUCCUACAAAAGUUGGUGUCGGAUUUUCCGCAUGCCGAUGUGCGACUCUACGUCGAGGACGAUGACCCGUUACUCCAGCCGGGUCAUUCCCCUGCGUAUGACUUGGGUCCGAAUCCCAAGAUCCGGAACAUGAGUCGAGCCUACCGUGAAGCCAAGGGGGAUAUUGUCUGGAUCAUUGAUUGCAACGCGUGGGUGGGAAGAGGCGUUUGUGGGCGCAUGGUGGACCGGUUGUGCGGAACGGGCGAGUCGGAAAAGAGGUACAAAUUCGUGCAUCACUUGCCGGUUGCUGUGGACAUGUCGGGAACUGCUAGUCUGCGGGAGGAGCAGGAAGCGCUGCUGAAGUCCUACACAAACCGAAAUGCCAUCCGUGAGAGCAGCGAAGCAGCGGUCAUGGAGCAUGAGACGGGUCUGCUUGCGACAGGCGGUGGCCGUUUGGAAGAACUGUUUCUGUCCUCCUCGCAUGCAAAGAUGUACACCGCCAUCAACACCGUGUUGAUCGCACCUUGCAUCGUGGGCAAGUCGAACAUGUUCCGCCGCUCGCAUCUCGACUACCUGACUGCGCCGUCUCCGACGGAUUCCCGUCGCCGUAACGCGGGCAUCGACUACUUCUCUGACAACAUCUGUGAAGACCAUCUGAUUGGGGAUCUACUCUGGAAGAAGCCGGUGCGCGAGGAAAAGGAACUUGGUGAGCACUGGGGCAAACACGCGCUGGUGUUCGGAGACUUUGCCUUUCAGCCGGUAGCCAACAUGAGCGUGCAGGCGUAUGUGGCACGUCGAGUGCGGUGGCUGCGCGUUCGCAAGUUCACCGUGGUCCUUGCCACACUCGUCGAGCCGGGCACGGAGUCCAUCCUGUGUUCGUGCUACGGGGCAUGGGGCGUCACGACCGUUCUGGCGCAGUAUCUCAGCGACCAAGGGUAUGCAUUUGCCGCGAGUCUGUCCACCUGGACGGCGUUCUGGGGCUGCUUCGGCCUGAGCAUGUUGGCGUGGAUCCUAGUGGACUGGACGGUCUACAUCAUGCUGCACAGCGGCAAGACGGUGGAAUUCGACGAGGACACGCCAUCAUUCGCGCGGCCCCCACGAGGCAUCACGCGGCGAAGCUUCCGACAAUGGUUUGCGGCCUGGCUGGGACGGGAGAUGCUGGCGUUUCCGAUCUGGCUGUGGGCUGUGUACGGCGGCGUGACGGUGACCUGGCGAGACCGACAGUUCCGCGUCGGGCUGGACAUGAAGGUGCGGGAGAUUGAGGGCAGUGCAGUGCCGAGGACUUCCUCAUCACGCUCCAGCUCCUCCUCCACGGCAGACCGCACCAAAGCCCGACGCGACUAG